UCCGGAGUCGCACUAACCAUGAGGACACCGCGCCUCCACAAGCAAACUUAAUCAAUACGAAUUAGAAUCGACUUAGUUUCCGGCUGGUCUUCAACCUUUGGUUGUCGAGCGGCGCUUCUCGUAACGGAGCGAAUGAGGCUAAAUGUGACAGAUAACGUCACGACUUAAUCUAAGUUGGGAGUAAAGAGAAAAAAACAACUGUGACAAAAACCACGACAGUAAAUGACUGUACAUGUUUAUGUUCGUGAGACAAUCCGCGACACUCUCGAAGAUAAAAGAAACUAACUAGACUGAGAUUGUGCUUAAUCACUCGAUGGUAGUUGUAGUCUCCUUCGCAGACGUUCAGUCAGGGGAACUAGCCCAAAGAGCGUCUACGCGCAACGUUAGCCCGUGUGUAGACGUCUGCUAUGCACGCGGACUGAAAGUGGAGGUCUGCUUGCAGGCUACAGUGGCUUCGUGAAAUAUGUGUGACACAGACGUGUCACAUAACAUACCGGAAGAGAAGUCACGAAGAGGAGUGUUCAAACAUUUUGACUUCCGCUGUAGUUCUUUGUCCCAGGUCCCGCGCUGAUAACGCCUUUCAUUUUGUGUUCUCGUUCGCCUUUUCAACUCCUUGCAUUCCACGAUAACGACUCGCUAAAAAAUAUGUCGACACAAGUAGAAAUAAGAGAAGAAGGUUCGUUCAAGCAAGCCUUGUCGGAUGUGAGGAGCGAUGCGUCCCCUACGAAUUGGAUGCUGGCAGCCCACUGGGAAGGUAACCCUAAUGUUAUCUACUGCAAGGCAAGGGGAAGUGGAGGUGCCGAUGAAAUGACAGGUGCACUGGAAGACAGCGAAGUUAUGUAUGGCUUAGUUCGUUUGGUAGAGUUGGUAGACAGCUAUGUGGAGUCAACUGUGAAAUUUGUUUAUGUUCACUGGGUUGGAGAAAGUGUCCCCUUUACUAAAAAGGGAAAGUUUGGUGUAGUUCAUGGCAGUGUCGAAGAGCACUUUCAGCCAAGUCAUUGUGUGAUAGAAACAGCACAUAGAGCAGACUUAACAGAGGAGGAGAUGAUGAAGGUCAUUUCAGAAACAAGUGGAAGGACAAACAAAGUUCUUGAUGUCACAGAUGCUGCCCAAAGACAAGAUCGCGGUUUUACUAGUAGCAGUAAUGUCAUUAAAACAGGAAAGACACAGAGCAGUUUCCAAACUCCUGGUGCUGUGGCUGUCAACGUAGAUGAUGCUGUAACUGAAGCGAUAGCUGAAGUCCGAAGUGAUGAUACACAAACCGACUGGUGUGUUGGUUCUUAUGCAGAAAAGAAUGCCAAGAAGCCAAUUGUUCUGACUGGUAAAGGCACAGAUGGACUGAAAGGGAUCGUAGCUUUGCUGGAAAAUGAUACGGUCGCUUAUGCUUUGCUUAGAGUGCAAGAUGAAGUUGAUGGCAUAACAACAGUGAAGUUUGUGUUCAUACAGUGGGUGGGUGAAAAUGUCAAACCCAUGACCAAAGGAAAGAUUAGUACGCACAAGUCCACUGUUGAAAAGGCGUUCCACCCUGCACACGUUGCAAUUUACGCAACGGCGUUAGGAGAGUUAUCAGAAGAUUCGAUUCUGUCCAAGGUGCAAAGUGCAAGUGGAUCGAAGUCGCAUGUCAAAUAGUGGGAUAAAUUAGUAGGAAAAUCAGUAUAAUUAGUUGUUGGUUAAGCAGUUAUUACCAAAUUGUAGAUUUAAAACUAAAACUAAAAGUGCAAAGAUUAUAUAUGUUUUUUAAAACAAUUCUGCUACUGGCAACAGGGUACAUGCAGUAAGAAACUGUAAUUUUGUAUUUUGAUCAUUUAAUCAGAAACUUAUGUAAACAAGGGACCAUUCAAUCUCAGUCUACACUAUUAAGUGUUUUGUACUGAUUGAAGUGUUAAGAAAAGAAUCUGAAAGACUCAGGGUGUUCUGUUAAACUAAAUGGGUUGAACCAAAACUAAUAUGAAAAAAUGGACAUUUUACUUUGAGAUUCACGAUAAAAGAUAGAGCCUAUGUAAUAUGCUGUGAGUGGAAAAUGUCACUCAGUUCUAUUUGAUGAGUUUUACCAACGAGUUACAGUUAGAGAACCUGUUGCAGGCAUAUGUGUUUUAAUGCAUAAAAUGCUUUAGUUCUAUAACUGUUGAUACUAUAGAAAUAAUCACAUUUUACCUCCCACGGCCUGCUUCCCCUCCCAAUCAGUAGCCAAAAACGGCACAAGGCCUCAUUUGAUCUCUGAUAUUUGACUUUGAGCAAACAACAAAGAUUUCUGUUGUUCAUGUAAAGAAAAUCUCUCAAAUUAAAUGUGUCCCGAUACUCAUCAAA